UGGUGAAGGACGGGGCACUUGCUACGGUGUCGUAGCGGGUAGAAAGACAGGCGCGGCGUUCGUGCGGAGCAGCCAUGUUGAAAGCUUGGGUCUGCCGAUGGUUGCUUAGUUCGUGAGUGCUGCUUGUGGAGUGUGUACUCAGUGUCUUUGAUCAUGGAGGAUGCAGAGAGACGCAGGAAGUUGGAGGUUGCGAGAGCCAAGUUUGCUCACUACCAGCAAAGAAAAGCAAAAAGUGACUGCACGGAUUCGACGAAAAAGAAGAAGAGGAAGAGCCAGGCUGUCCACCAGGAUGACCUUCCACAGGAAGAACACUCAUUAGUGGAAGAAGAUGGAGUAGUCUUGGAACAUAAGCAGGGAGAUGUGAGUAAUAAUGCAGAAUAUGUCCAGUCGGAGCUAGAGGUCAGCCAGCUAAGAAUAUUUGAGCUUGAGGAACAUUUGCACCACAGGGAAGUGAUUUUGGAGCAACUUACCACUGAGGUGGAAGAACUGCAGAAGCAACAAUUUACCCAGCAGGCGAGCGAGGAAAGGCAACAGGAGUUGGAGAGAGCAGUACAGGAAAGGAAUGAUCUAAUUGGCCAGUUGACGGAUAACCUGCAGCAAGCUAUUCAGAAUCGAGAUGAGGUACAACAAGAAGCCUUGGAGUUAACUGAUAAUCUUCAGUCUCUCCAGCACCAAUUACAGCAGGCAAGUGAUAUUCUGAAAAACAAAAGUCCUGGACAUGUGGAGCUGCUUCAGGCACAGCAACAGAUUUCUCUGUUCCAGCAGAGUCAUAAAGACCAGUGUGACCUUAUGGAGACUCUUGAGCAACGAGCGCAUGAUCUAGAGCUUCAACUGGAAUAUUCAGAGCAGAAUGCUAAAGACAAAGAAAACUGUCUUAUUCAGAUAGUUGAACAACAGAAAAUGACUGAAAAUACAGUGCAACAAUUAAAUCAAUGGAUAGAAGAAAAAGAGGAAGCCAUUAAAGAGUUAAGGGAAAGUCUGAACAAUAAAGAGAGCACCAUGUCACAGCUACAUCACUCAUUGUCACUCUGGCAUCAAGAAGUUGCUGAGUUGAAUAUUGUUGAAUCUGCCAAUGAGCAGAGGCAACAUCAGUCUCUCGAAGAAGUUGGACCACAAAUGGACCAUGUAGAAGUCAUGCAAAAGCAGUUUGGUCAAAUAGAUACUCUGUGGUAUGUGGCGCAACUGAGGCGUGAUCUGGAGACGAUGCAGAGACAGGAAAUAGACCACUUAAAGCAGGAGCUGCAUGAACAAACCAAGCAAGAAAUUGAUGAACUGAAUAUUAAGCACAAAGCAGAGCUUGACGUUUUACAAAGUCAGAUUCAUAGCCAUACUGAUGGUGAUCAAAAUGAACUGAUCUCUAGUCUAAGUGAGAAGCUGCAAAAAUCCUGUCUUGAGAAAGAAGAGCUCCAGCAAAAGUUAGAAAAUAUGAUGGUGAUCCCACAGGAGAAAUCUGAAAUUCAUGAGCUGGACAGACAUUUAGGGCAAGAUCUGGAAGAUCAGAUUAAGAUGUACAAAUCUGAAAAAGAGCAUUUGAAUGUUUGCUUGGCUCAAGAAAAGGAGGCGAAUAGGGAGCAGCGUGUCCAACAUGAGCAUGAAAUUACAAAUUAUAGUAUCAAAUUAGAAAUGAUGGAGAGGGAGAAGGAUGAAGUGUUGAGUCGGCUGGCUGAAUCUCAGGAAGUAGAACUUGAGCAGCUUAAAACAGAAAUGCUAUUUGAUCAUGAAGCAGAAUUGACCAAACUUCGGCAAGAUCUAGAAAUGCAAUGUAGCCUGAAGGCAGAGGCACUUAGAGAGGAAAUGGAAGAUCAAAAAAUACAUUCACAAAAGAUAUUGCGCUUGAAUGAUAUAUCUGAAAACAUGGAGGCAGCAAACCAAGAGAAGGACAUUAUGACCAAAAAAUGUGCAGAAUUAUCAGAAGAGCUGCGACAAAGAGGGUUGGAGCUGGAGAAGAUACAUAAAGAAGCUAAAGUGUCAGCCAGCCAAACACAGGAAGCUGAGCAGAAAUGGAAAGCUGUGUUGGAAGAACUAUCAAGCCUUCGAUUAGAAUUAGAAAAGGAAAGUGCCGAACGAUUACGCUGUGAAGAAGAAUUGAAGGGCAUGGUUCAUGAGAGUGAAAAAAAUGACCUGGAGAUGCAAUCUGUGAUAAUAACAGAGAAAAAAGUGAGAAAAGAGAAAGAACGUGACUUAGAAAUGUUAAAAGAGAUGAUUAAAGAUUUGAAGCAAGAACAUCAGUUGUUGCUGGCCCAACUAAUGGAGCAGGAGCAGUUGGUCAAAGAUGUUCAAGAACAAAAAUUAGCUGCAGAUUCAGUGACCAGUGAAAUGCAAUCCUUGUUUGGUCGUCAGCUCACUACAUUGCAGACCCAACGGGAUCAGCUGCAGAAUCAACUUGAUAUCCAAAAAAACAAGAAUCAAACAAUAUCUGAAUUGCUGGGACAGAAAACCAUGCGGGAGGACUCCCUGUGCAAAGAACUUGAGGAAAUUGAGACAAAACUGCGAGAGAAAGAAGAAUGUAUAAAGCAACUAACUGAUGAAAAAAUGAAGCUUGAAAGUAAGGUGUUGUCAACUGCAAAUGAUUGCUUAAGGAUUGAAGAAAUGCUUGGUCAGAUCAAAGCUGAAAAUGAUUGUUUGAAGAAGGACAAAGGAGAUUUGAUCAGUAAAUUUCAAGAUUUAGAUUGUAAAAUGCAUUCUGAGGUUCAAGCCAUGGACAUUGAGUUGAAAGGAAAGGUUGCUGAACUGCAAGAGUUACAGGCAAUCAUAGAAAAACAAGAGGCCCUACAUCUUCAGCAAACAUCUGCACUGAAGCUGGAGAUUAGCAAUCAAAAUAAAGCUCAACAUGAGAUGGAACAAAGCCACAGUGAAAAGGUGCGAAGUAUCCUGCGGCAACAGGAAGAGAGACUAAUCAGUGCAGUGGAAGAGGCUCAGAAAGAAGUGACUAUCCAGUAUGAGGAGGAAUUGAAUAAAAUGGAAGAGCUGUACCUGUCUGACAUUAUGAAUUUAAAAACAGAGCACCAGAAAGAGUCAGAGGAGUUAAAUGCACAAAUGAAUAAAAAAGUGAUGGAUUUGCAACAAAAAGAGGAUGAGGAAAGGAGAAAACAAAUUGGUUUAAUUAAACAGGUUCAUGAACGGGAACAUAAUCGAGAGAUGAGUACAUUGAUUAACAAGCACAAGGACGAAGUGGAACAGCAACGUGCAAAUCUGACUCAAGAACAGCAAUCUCUGUUUGAUGAUAUCCAGAUUCGUUUGGACACGGCACAUGAAGCAGAGCUAUGCCAAGCUCGGCUACAGAUACAGACAGAACACAGUCUGGAACUGGAAUCCCUUCGACUGAGUCUAAAUAACAUGCACAGGGCUCAACUUGAGCUUGUACAGUCCAACUUGCAGCGCGAGAAGGAAGAGUGUCUUGUUGAGCUACGUGAAGUGCUGAAUGAUAAACGACGACAGGAGGUGGCAGUGCUGCAGAACAAACAACAAAUUGGAUUGGAACAUGUUAGGGAACAAAACCAGCAGCAAAUGGAACAUUCUCUAAAGAAGCACCAACAGGAAAUUGAGGAUUUAAGGAAGACUUUGGAAGAAGAAAUUACACAUCUGAAGAUCAGAACAGAAGCAGAAAAAGCAGAGAAACUGCAAAGCAUGCAAAACGAGUGGGAGGAAAAGAUGAAGCAGUGCAUUGAGAACCAGAAGAAGACAAUAUCCACAGAACAUCAAACUGAGUUGGAAGAAUGGAUUAAAAAUGUGGAGACACUUCAAAAUGAACUUGAAGCUGUGCAUAAAGAAGUGGCAUGCCAAAAGUUUGAGAAAAAUGAGUAUCAGAAUUUGGAGAGUCUUUGCCAGAUGAGCUUAACAAAACUUCAAGAACAAUUUCAACAUGAAUACGAACGGAAACAGGAGGAAUUGAAGAGAGAAUUUGAGGAGAGGGAACAGGAGCAUCGUGCAGAGAUGGUGAAAUUGCAGGCAACCUAUGAUGAAUUUAAAUUGCGUUCGGAGCAAGAGCUUGAACACCUGUGGUCACAGCUUGAGAAUACGAAGUCCCAUCGUGAAGAGCUAAGUGAGUUUAAAGAACAUUUGCUGGCUUGUACAUCUCGUGUGGAAGACGUGAAACUGAUGAAGCAGGAAUUUGCUGAACAGAUGGAGCAAAUACAGAAGCAGCAUGUUUGUGAGCUGGAACAGUUAAAUAAAUACUUUGAAGAGAAACUGAAAGAGAUAAAAGAGAAAAACGAUGAGGAAGUUACACAGCUAGAACAACGCUUGCAGGAAGACACACGACCGUCUCUUGGCCUUGAAUCUGACUCGAGUCUAAAUCGGACUGCAGAGCCAAGUUUGGCUUUGUUGUCGUUUACGGACCUCACAGAGAAAAAUUACUUUCAGCAUAGGAUUCAGAUUGUGGAAGAAUUGGCACAUAAAUUAGAGCAAUACAAGGAAGAAAUAAAAAUACUUCAGCUGCAGCUGGAGGAGAAAGGCAAGCAGGAGAUGGCAGCCUCUUUGAUGCAUAAAGAGAAGAUGGCGAUGAUUGAAAAAGAGCUGUCAGAGAGAUAUAUGGCAGAGUCUGGAAAGAUGAAGAUGAAGCACUCCCAAGAGUUAGAACAGUUACAAGAUCAACUUUCUGAGAAACAUCUUAAAGAGAUUGCCAGGUUACGACUCCGGUGUGCACAACAGACUGCUCAAGAGGUGGAGGUACAGGUUAAUGAGCGGCUCCAUCAUUUGGAGGAGGAGAAGACUCAAAAGCUUGCUGAGAAAGACUCUGAAAGAGAGAGAAUUGCUUGUCUACAGGAGGAGAUUGAAUGUUUAAAGAGAGAUCAUGCAAUUACCAUAAUGCAGCUCACUGAACAGCAUGAGGAAAGAAUGCUGGAAAUGAAGCAGCAUAAAGCACAGUUACUGGAAGAAACCAGUCGUAAACUUCAGGCCGGCAGAGAGGAAGUUAUGGCUAAAAUGCAGGAAUGCACAAUGGAUAAAGAACGGGAACUGACAAUUCUGAAAGAAGAACUAAAAGCCAGCACUGAAAGGAAACUAUCAGCCUUGCACGAGGAGCUCGCCAAUGAGUUUGAGGAGCAAAGACAAACACUGAAACAGGAGUUUGACAAGAAAAGUGCAGAGAUGAAUCAAAUUCAAGAAGCCCAGAGUGCCACAAUUUCUAAACUUGAGAUACAGCUGAAGGAAGAAAAGAGCCACUUGCUACAGAUCCAAGAUAGCUUGGCAAAUGAACAGUUGCCAGAGAUAGUGGUGAUUCGUCAGAAAAUUCAAGCACAAUUUGAUGCUGAACUUGCCUUGGCCAAGUCUCUAAUGGCAAAGGAGCUUGAGAAACUCCAUAUCAGUGUACAGGAGCAGUCAGCUCUGAAAAUCCUGGAGGCACAGAAUAGGUUCAUGGAAGAACACAGGCAGAUGAUGGACAAAUUUAUGUCUGAGCAAGAGAUCCUUCUCCAGGAGUUGAAGGUGAGACAUGCAGAGGAGUUAGAAACUCAACAGCAGCACCUGAUAGAAAAUCACCAAAAUCAAAUUGAAGAUUUGAACGCUGAGAUAUGCACAAAGCAUCAAGCUGAAAUGGAAGCUUUAGAGAAUACAAAGUUGGUUGCUUUGGAAAACUUAAAACUGAAGCACUUGGCAGAGUUUGAGGAUGUUGCGUGUAAAUUCAAAUCUAAGAUCCAGAGCUUGAAGGAAGAGAUGAAAACCUGUCGGGAGGAAUUAGAGAGAUUUAACAGAGAUAACGCUGACAAACAACAUAUGGAAAUUAAUCAGUUGAAAGCUGAACGCGAGGCUGAGCUGAUUAACGCUCAAGAGCAGCUCCGAAAGGAAUUGACUGCUGUUCAUGUGGAAAAAUUCAAAGCCAUGGCUGCAGAACUGGAGGAAAUUCAUAAGGCAGAUUUGGAGACGGCUCUAAACAACCAGAAAAUAUCAUUGGAGCAGGAGCAUCAGAAGCAUUUGGAUGUGAUUAGGGAUGAGGUUCUUCGACUUGAAGAUCAACAUAAGCAGCUCAAGGAGUUUCAUGUUCUGCAAUCUGCAGAACUGGAGAAGCAGAAAGAGGAAUAUGUACAGAAGCUCGGCGAAGAGCUGAAGCGGAUUCAAAUGCAAGAACAGGAUCAUGUGUGUAUAUCAGAAAUACAAACAGUACAGCAGGAACUGCAGUUCAACUUUGAAAAAGAGAAAUCACAGCAAUUGCUACAAUUUCAAGAAGAGUUUGAACUCCUCAAGAGUCAGUCUGAGAUCUUGCUUGCUCAGAAAAUUAAGCAGCUUAAGGAGGAGUUUGAAGCUGAAAAGAUCUUCGCACUCCAGGAACUGAAAGAAGUCUUCUCUCAGGAGCAGGACAAAACAAAACAAACACACCAAGAUGAGAAGAAACAAUUGUCUGCAAAGCUUCAACAGCAGAUGGAGCUAACCAAACAGCUGCAGAGAGAAAUCCAGGACAAGAGGUCUGAGCAGGAUACUUUGUUGCAGCGCCGUGAUCGUGAAAAUGAAGAAGGAGGUAAUCUGGUGGCAAUGCUGCACUCCGACCUUGAGCGAAUGACUACUGAACGGAAAAAUUUGGAGCAUUCUCAUGAGCGGAUGUUAAAGCUGUUUUCAGAGGUGGUGCGGGUGAUGUUUUCCUCAGAAGACAUGAUUAGUAAGCAAAUUGAACAGUGCUUCGAGGGAGGGGAGCCAGGGAAUACACUGGAUCAUGGAAAUAAUCAGAGCCUGGUGGGAACUAGUGGCCGACCUCAAUCGAUGAAAACCAAAGCCUUGCUGGAAAAUGAUAAAGGUGAUUUGAACACAAGUCAAGAAAGUGCUACUAUCACUGAGGAUAACAGCAUGUGGUCAGCAUUGACAGAUGGGCGAUUAGAGCUUUCCCAGUGGUUGUCAGAGAGUAUGUUCGUUGGGCCUGAUGGUGAACCUGAAAAUGAGGAGCUAAUUCUCAGCACGUGUGGACGUUUGCAGGCUGCUGUGGAAAAAUUGCUCGAUUUGGUUACAAUAUCCACAAGACAGUUGAUACAAAAUCAUGGAACCCAUAAACACGUGGAGCAAGGGUUCAUAGCUCAAAACCUAGAGAAUGUGGAGCUAAUUGGCAAACAACACCAGAAAUUAAUAGAACACCUGAACUCUGAAUCUGAGGCGAAGAAUGAACUGGCAUUGGAGCUCCACAAGGCUGAGGGGUUGAUUGAAGGAUAUGUCAUGGAGAAAGCAGCACUGGAAGAAGCUUUGCAGAAGAAGGAAGAAUUGGAGGAGCAUCUGGCCCUUCAGGUGGAACUUCUGAGCCAGCAACUUCAUGAACUCAACCUGGAGAAUCUUCAUCUAUGUGAGGAGCAUGAUCUUCUACUACGCCAGAAACAAGUCAUGGUUGGCAACGAUGUAGAACGUGGCCAUCAAAUUAAACCACAUAAAAAAGGUUCAGGAUUACUGGAGGAGACGGAGCGUUUGGCCAAAGAGAAGCUAGACAUCCAAUGUCAGGCAGAUAAGGAUCUUGCUGAUCUCCUAUCGAGGACAAAGAGAAUGGAAGUGGAGUUGGAGGAGGAGACCAGCCGCAACAUUGAGCUGUCAGACAAGUGGCACUUGGAGGUUGUUGACCUGCAACAGCAAGUCCAGGCUCUUGAAAAGCAGCACAAGAAUUAUCGACAGUUUAUGGAUGAGCAAGCAGCUGAGCGUGAACAUGAGCGAGAUGAAUUCCAACAAGAGAUUGAAAAUUUGGAGAAGCAGUUAAAACAAGGAAUCAAAUCACAAGGAGUUGCUGAUUUUACAGUCUCUAAGAACGAUUAUUUGAGCCUUCAGAUGGAAACAAUGGAGGCACAGAUUCAGUCAAAGUCGGAUGAUUACAGUGAGCUGUUGAUCACUAAGGAAUGCCUAGAGCGAGAUAUGCAGGAGCAAAGUGAAGAAAUAGUAAAAUUGGAAGCACAGGUAAAAGAGCUCGAGGAGGCCGCAUUUUUGCAUGCAGUUACAGAAAAACGAAUUGGUCAGCUUGAGCAGGAGAUCCAGAAGAUGAGACGAAGAGAGGAAGAAUUAUCACAGGACAAAGAAUCUUUACAGCAGCAGCAGUACAGUAAUCUGAUGCAGAUCUCUUCUCUACAGUCAAAACUGGAUGAAGUGAGACAUAGAGUACCCACUGAAGGGCUUUCUGGUCAGACACUAAAGGAGCAGUUACUGGAUGAACGACAGGCUCUCCAGACUAAGGAGGAUGAGAUCCAAAUCCUUGAGGAGCAGCUUGAUCAAUUCAGAGAAAAUUUGAUGAAUAAAAAUGAUGAGAUGCUGCAAUUGAACAUGCAGCUGGAAAUCCAAACAAAGCAGUCGGCAAUAACAAUCAACCAGCUCCACGAGGAGAACAUCCGUGUGAAGGAAGAUGUGGCCAGUCUCCAUAUGCGCUUAGGCUUGGAAGUAGAUAAUGGCAAAGCAUCAGGAUUACAGCUGCCCCAAGCGUUGCUGAUGGAGAAGAACCAGGAAAUUGAUGAGCUAAAGGAACAGAUCUUCAAGCUGCAGAAGGAAAUGGAAAAUACUUUAGACAACAAGGCAUUUGAAGAGAAAAAUGAUGAAAUUGAAGAGCUGAAAACACAAAUUGAACAACUUACUGUUGACCAAGAAAGACUACGUCAGGCAAAAGAAGAGGAGAUUGAGCACCUCAUUGAGGUUAUAGAGAAACUGCAGCAAGAACUGUCACUGUUGGGUCCAAAUUGCCAUGAAGUCAGUGAUUCUCAGGAAGAACUUGAUAUUUUCAGCAUGGAGAAAGGCUCUGGACCAAAUACGACAUUCUCCAGAGGACUUCAUGACAAUCUGCAACAGGAGCUGGCAUUUAAGUCAGUAGAUAACAGAGGUGCUGGAGACUACAAAAAAGAUCUUUAUAUGCACACAGCAGAGUUUCAGGAUCAGACUGAGACAAUGACUAGAGAAGGUUUUCUGCAGCUCUUGGAUAAAAAUGAAGUUUGUUUCCAAGAGAAGUUGGAAGUUUUGCAAACAAGCCUUCAAAACCUGCAGGAGAUGAAUCAGCAGCAGCAGCAGGAGUUCGCGUCACUUCAGCUGCAAUCCAAUGGUCUUCAGGAGGACAACAGUUUGUUGAAGAUUCACAUUUCCCAAAGAGAUGCUGAUGUAUCUCUUCUCUCAUCACGUGUCCAAGAACUGGAAGAUGCUCAGAAUGAAAAGGAGAAGCUGCUGCAAAUGAUUGAGAAACAAAGACAGGAAGAGUUAAAAGAUAUAAGAUUAUUUCCAAAUAGAAUCGUGGAGCUUGAACAGGAACUGGCAGAAAAAACAGCUCUGUUCCAAAAAUGUAAUGAUGAAUUAAAAACCUUACACUCUGACCUUCUGGAGCGUGAUUGUCUGCUUCAGACACUGAAGCAGAAGAGUAUGAAUCUACAAGUCGAAGUUGAGCGUUUGGAGGGUGAAUUAUCCAGACAGGAGGGCCAGAAUGAAAAACUAAAAAAUCAAUUGAACCAACUUGAGAGUGAACAGCAAUCUGUUCGCACUACCCCGACUGCUGCAAAAAUAAAGGUGAAAGAUGAUGCUUUGCAGGAGAAGCUGAAACAGUUGGAAGCUACCUUGCAGCAGAAGGAAAUGAUCAUCACCCAGCUAAAUAUUGAACAUGAGACCCUGCAAGCAGAUCUUUCUGCAGUUAAGGAAGAACUGAACUCUAGUGUAGAGAACAUAGAUAAACUGCUGGAGGCUGAACAGGUAAAAGAACACACCAUUGCUGACUUAGAGAUCCAUUCCCGCAAUCUUAAAACUCAGGUGAACCAACUGCAGGAAGCCUUAUUACAGCAAGAGGAGGAACUGGCGAAUCGGGCAAAAGAAGUGGAGGACUUGACUGAGAAAUGUCAGAGGCAGGGACUUGAGUUGCAACAGCAGUCCAAUGCGGAGACUGAUAGGCCACAGACCACCCCAUCAAUUUACAAUGAAGAUUCUCAGGCUCUUAGUCGAGGUGGACAUCGACCACUUGCCUACAACCACACAAUGAGUGGGAGCAUGCUGAGUUCUCCAGAGCUGAUGAGGAAGUUUGAGGAAAGUCUGGAAUGGAUGAAUGGCCUGCACAACUCCAGAAUUUCUGAGAUCAGCGGUGUUCACAGUGCAGAAAUGGAGGUGAUACGUAGCAGAUCAUCGGAACUUGAAAAAGACACAGAUAGAGAGGAUCGGAGCAUUUCCUCUGCAAAAGACAGAUGGCAUCGGCCUUCUCCAUCCCCAUCUGAUUAUCCACAUUCACUCUCUGAAUAUUCUAAUGCAGAGAAGGCACAACAUGAUGCACAACUUGAAUUGACACUGACAGCAAUGCAGGAAGAUAAGGCUUCAACAGUUUCAAUUCCUGACUGGAUAAGUGAUGGUUGUGGCAGCUGUACAAGUUUGGAUCUUGGAGCAAAACUAAAUCAGGAGCUUGAUACCACAGAACGUCUGGACAAUAGUUUUGUUGAAUAUCUGCAGAGUCGUGGAAUUGAAUUAAUAGAUGUGGGUAGUCAUGCAACAAAGCAUAACUUGUCUGCCGACGAAGUGCCUUCUCCACAGCUACAGGCAUUGCUAAACCAAGUACAUGAGGAAGGGUGUCAUGUGCUCGCACUAACAGAAAGGCCUUCCCACUGCCGUGGAUCUAAGCGUGUGUCUGGUUCCAGUAAUACAGUGGAUGAAUGGCAACAAGAGAAAGUGGGACUGCUUGACACAAUUCAGCUAUUGAAAGACUUGCUUUCUAAGGCAUUGAACAAGUUUGAUGAGGAUUCUGCAAGUAGAAUUGAUUGGCGAAAGGAGUUACUUCUGUCUGUGCAGGCUGUCCUCAAUCAAGAGCAAAGAACGUUAUUGGCUGAAUUACGAUCGUAUGUACAGAACCCGCCCACUGGAGAAGACUGCUCUUUGCCUCAACAGCUUCUGCAAUUACUGAAAGAGCAGGAAAAGCAGCAACAAUCUGCCCUGGAAGACCUUUUAUCCGUGGAUAGAAGCAGCUUGUUGUCAGAGGUGCAGGACCUCCGUUCACAGCUCCGUGUUGCACACCUUCAGCACCAGGAGAAACUACAGCAGCUGCAGGAUACACUCACCAGUGCAGAGGAGCAGGCCAAGAAGCAGGAGAGGCCACUUCGCAGGCAAGUAGAGUUGCUGGAAUACAAACUUCAGCAAGAACAGAUUAUAGCAAAUGAUCUGCAGAAUUCCCUAAGAGCAGAGCAGGACAGAUCAGCUGAACUUCGCCAACACUUGCAAACUGAGCAAAGUACAGUGUCAGACCUGAAGUCGGACCUGUCUGAAGUCACAAUUGAACUGGAAGCUGCGUUACAGACUCGACAUGAACUGCAGCAAAACCUCCAGAAACUCAGGGGAGAAUUGAAUGCUAAAGAAAAUGAAUUGUUAACUGCCGCAAAGGUGUUUGAUCAGGAACGGCAAAAAGUACAGCAAUUACAGAACAAGAUGGAGAAGGAGCAGCUUCAUCAUAAAGAGCAUAAAGAACACGAAUGGCUAACUCAUCAGAAACUGCAGAAGGCCCUGGAGGAGCAGCAUGCACACAACCACCAAUUGUCUGUUUCCUUGGAGGAAGAAAAGAUGGCGAAUAACAACUGCCGCAAAGAAAUUGAAGCCAAGUUAUUGAACAGUGAAUCAUUGCUACUACAGGAUCAUAGGAAGCUGACAGAGACUCAAGAACUACUGAAAAUGGAAAGAAGUCAUGUGACAGAAUUGAGCGAGUCCUUGGAUCGUGAACGCACUCGGUCAGAACAGCUAUAUCAGCUUGUAAAUUCUCGUCGUGAUGAAACUGCUAGCCAGGAACGUGUCUUUACAAAAGAACUGCAGAGUCAGCUUGAGGAAGAAAGGAAGAGGACUAUUGAACUAGCAACAAUGAUUGAAAAAACACAACAGCAAGCUAUUUCAGCAAAGCGAAACCUCGAAGAAGAAAUCCAACUAUCCCGACAAGAAAAUCAAAAAGAACGGGACAUCAGCUCCAAAUUGAGGUCCAUCCUCGAGUCUGACCAGACUCAAGUGCAGGAACUCAAUCGUUUGUUGGAGUCAGAAAGGCAGCACAACCUCCGGCUGCAGAACGAGCGUGAGAGGCUUCAGGCUAAUAUUCUAGCAGUCAAAGAGAAAGAGCGAAAUAAGGAUGAUCGAAGAGGGCGUGAGAGGAGGCAGGAAAGGCAAGAGCUAGCUGACCAUGAGCAAGAACAAGUGAUGUUGAAAGAUCGAUUGCACGAACUGGAGUUACAACACCAACGAGAUCAACAGCGAGUUAGAGAAUUGCAACAAAUGCUUGCAGACUUGGAGGAACAGGAGUGCAAACUUGUGUCUCGCAAGCGGCAGCGAGGAGAACCUGAAAGUAGCCCAGCGAAAUGCAUUUUGAAUACUGCUAGCUACAAUGUAGAAGGCAGUCCACUAAAUGUGCAACAGCGUCUAGAAAGCACAAGACAGCAGUUCCUUCUGUUGACUGUCCGACUGAAAGAAUUGCUUCACAGAGAGCAAAGGGGACAGGAUGGUCACAUAAAGACUGACGAUAUAAGAGAUCUUUUGCAGACUUUAAUUGAAUCAAACUCUGAAUCGCAACAGUUCAUUUUAGGGACACAGGAGAAGAAAAUGGACCAUGCAAAUUCUCUUCUGAAUUUAGAAAGGCUAAGUUGGAUGAAAGAAAGAAAUCAGUUGCAGAAUGCCUUAAAAGAGACUGAAUCGGAACUGGCCAGAGUGAUGGCAGAAAUUGAAAAUAGACCUCUGCGGCAUGACCUUGUUGACCCCUCAAGCUUGAAGAUGCAACGACUUUAUGGCAAGUACCUCCGAGCUGAAAGCUUCAGAAAAGCUUUGGUGUACCAGAAGAAAUACCUGUUGCUGCUCUUAGGGGGAUUUCAGGAAUGUGAGCAGGCAACUCUGUGUUUAAUUGCACGCAUGGGAGUUUAUCCUUCUCCCACGGACUUCCACAUGCCCAACCGGCAUUCCCGUCCAUUAACAAAGUUCCGCUCUACAAUUCGAGUGGUCAUUGCAAUUUCCAGGCUUAAAUUCCUGGUGAAAAAAUGGCAGAAAGCAACAAGAAAAGGUCUGUACCCUACAUCUGCAACAAACAAUAUUGGUGGUGGUCAAGCUCCAGCCAUCAAAACUGAAGUUCUCCGCCAACAGCAGUCAACAUUGACCCACAUUAUAAACUCACCACCAACCAGAGAGAGUGUGUCUACUCAAAGACCUAAUAAUGCAAGUCACCAAUCACCGAAGUCUCCCUAUCGAUUGCAGAUUAGAACAUAUAUCUCACCUGGAGGAGGGCAGGACCAAUCAGGCUUUUCAAGCAAUCAAGAUCCUGAACGCUCGCUCACUGAAUAUAUACAGAGACUUGAGGCAAUCCAACAGCGACUUGGAGGAACAUCUCCAGGAACAUCACGACGUAAAAGCUGCAUGAAAUAAGUGGAUCAUGUAUGAAUGCAAAAAUUGCUCCUUUUAUGACUUAAAAAUGUGUAUCCAUAUUGAUCACUAUUUUGAUCAAGUGAUAAUUAAAUGUAUAUUACUGCAUCUACACACUUUUAGUACAGGAGAAUCUUGUAUUUGAAAUAAGCAGAUGAGUUCUGCAAUAAUAAAUAGGAUGUUUAUGUCUCCCGAUGCUGGAAAAUUCACUAUCCAAUCAGGCUGGGUGAGCUUGUAUUCAUCAUUGAAUUGGAGUGCGUGACCAUUUGAAUGUGCGUGUUUAUGCAUGUAUGUAUGCUUGCUUUUCUAGAAGAAUGAUGGUCAAAUAUUUUAAGCCAAUUGAGCCAUUGUGCAUAUCUCAAUGUAGAAAACAAAAUUUUUUAAAGGUUAUUUUUGUAAAUGUUGGCUUUUGUUCUUUGCAUAAAAAUUAAAGUUUACAAUGGUAUGUGUGAAAA